AUGUCUCAGUUGUCUAUUUGCAUCGCCGAAAAGCUUGCUACUUUACCAUCUACACCCUAUAAACCUUACUUGUUCAAAAUAAACGAUGCACUACGUAGAGAAAACAGUGAAGCAUACGAACCAGAAAUAGUAGCAAUUGGUCCUUAUCACCGCGGCAAAGUUAAGCUACAAAUGAUGGAAGAACACAAACUAUUGUACCUGCAAGAGUUGCUUAAACGGAGAAAUGAGUUGAAUGUGGAUAUGUAUGUCAUAGCCAUGCAAGAAUUAGAACAAAAAGCUAGAAAGUGUUACGCUGAACCCAUUAAAAUGAAUAGGGAUGAGUUUGUGGAAAUGCUGCUACUUGAUGGGACCUUUAUAAUUGAGUUAUUUCGCAAGUUCUCUUGUGAAGAACAGGAACAUAUAGAUGACCCUAUUUUUCAAGCAACUGUCAUUUGGCUGAAUAUACCNUGCCUCAUCAAUUUCCCGAAGGAUGCUGAAAAACUUCACCAUUAUGGAAUUAUUGAUAACUGGUUAGGUGAUGAUAAAGUGGUUUCUACAUUGUUUAACAAAUUGGGCAAUCAAAUCAGCAUAAAUUCUGCGACGUUUUGCUACUUGAAAGUUUUCAACAAAGUGAACAAGCACUGCGAACGUCGUCGGCAUACAUGGAUGGCCAAAGUAAAGCAUAAUUAUUUCAAUAGCCCGUGGUCUACCAUUUCAGUGGUUGGGGCUGGGAAGAGAAUAGCCCAAACAAUUAUUGGGGAUUUGCCACAAUUGAGCGAGUCACAGGUUUCUGUUAGUGGGCUUGAAUCUGAGAGAAGCAGUUCUGUCUCUAAUAGUUUGGACAAUGAGGGUGAGGAGGGAGGAGUGGUCCCUAGACUUGUCUUGGUUAUGCAAGUUAAAAGCUCAGAACUACAGCGUGCUAAUGAUGAUGAUGUUGGGGCAGUAGAGGUUAUGCAACUUAAAAGCUCGGAACUACAGGGUGCUAAUGAUGAUGAUGUUGGGGCAGUGGAGCUGCAUUUCAAUCUUCACCUCCUCACAAAAAACCUUUACAAAUCUGCUGGUGUGAGGCAAGCUUUCCAAUUGAAUCAAUUAUUUGCUUCAAAACACAAAGAAGCUGCAAAUCCGUAA